AAUAACGGGUUAAUGAUAUAGUUGUGCGUAAAUGCGUCAUCAAUAUCGCACUGACGUUUGUUACAUUCCUGCUGCUGCUGCCUUGCCCUAAAGCUUAAACUUGGUUCUUACCUGACUGUCGACUUCUUUUAAAUAGGUGUGAGCCAUGUCCGUCAAGAUGGUCAAAGACAAAGAAGUGACUGUGAUCACUGUGGCUGUAGACAAAAACAGCAUGCUUCCCCCGGUGUGUCAGAUCCUCAAAGCUCUCUGCUACAAUCCCACGUGCUGCUUGGUUUACAGAGGGAUGAUGGAGACCAGCGUUGCUGUAGCCCUCGGGGUGAUACAGAUCAUGGUGGGCUUGUUUAGCAUUGGGCUCGGGCCAGGACGAACAAGUCGACAUCCUGAGGAUUUUGCUCAUCUAGGAGUUGCUUACUGGCUGGGUGGUGUGUUUAUUUUGUCCGGACUCAUGUCUGUUCUUGCCGGUCGCUUCUCCUCGGUUUGCUUGGUGAGCCUUGCUGUGUUGAUGAACUUACUGGGAUCAGUCUUUUCCAUUGUUGGUAUCGUGAUGUACAGCAUCGACCUGAGUGAAAUCGCCAUUGCUUCACGAUUUUACCUGAGUCAAACUGAGCGUUUGCUGGUAGGUAUGGACAUCACCAUGAUGAUCAUGACUGUUCUCCAGCUGUGUGUCUGCAUUAGCUUUGCUGUUCUGGGAAUCAAAGCUCUGAUCAACCCAAAGAGUGAGGAGGUAAAUAGGGAGGGUCAGUGGUACAAGCACCUGGAUACAGACCCACUCAAGGCUGCACCUGGUCAUCAGACGAUUCUGUAUUCAAGCUGAAGUUAGAGGAAGUCAUCCUGACCAGUCACGAGUCCUGAACUCGUCUCAUCACAGACAUGUAUGGGUAUAAUCAGCAAUGCAUCAUCUCAGUUCUGUUACACAUGUUGGCUUUUAUAUUAACAAAAUUGCUUCAAAUCAUAUUAAAUGCAGCAUAUAGCAGCCAUUUUAUGCAUGCAGUUACACAGUGUAGUAGUAGAAGUAUAUUUUUAAAAGAUGUUUUGUAUCCAAAAAAAGAUGUACUCAAAUAAAAAGACAUUAAAAAGGGAAAAAUUUUACAAAA